AUGCCAAACCAGCAGAAGAAAAUCCUGUUUUGCAUGGCGGGCGUGCUGAGCUUUGCGUGUGCCCUGGGCGUGGUGGCGGCCCUGGGGACACCGCGGUGGAUGAGAGCCACCUUCCUCUGCACCACCGGGGCCCUGCUGGUCAACGCCUCGGGGCCGGAGCUGGACAAGUUCACCGGUGAGGUGCGCUACGGGCUCUUCCACGGAGAAGGCGUGCGGCAGUGCGGGCUCGGGGCCAGGCCUUUCCGGUUCUCAUUUUUCCCAGACCUGCUGCGGGCGGUGCCGGUGAGCGUCCACAUCAACGUCCUUCUCUUCACCACGAUGCUCGCGGUCCUCACCACGGUGGUGGCCGGCUUCUUCAUGUACAACGCCUUCGGCAAGCCCUUCGAAGCCCUGCACGGCCCGCUGGGCUUGUACCUCCUGAGCUUCAUUUCAGGGUCCUGCGGCUGUCUGGUCAUGAUCCUGUUUGCCUCGGAGGUGAAAAUCCACCACCUCUCAGAAAAAAUUGCAAACUUCAAGGAAGGGACGUUCGCCUACAGAACGCAGAGUGAAAGAUACACCACCUCCUUCUGGGUCGUUUUCAUGUGCUUCUUUGUUCACUUUUUGAACGGGCUCCUGAUCCGGCUGGCUGGGUUUCAGUUCCCUUUUGCAAAAUCUAAAGACGCAGAGACAACUAACGUGGCUGCAGACUUAAUGUACUGAAAAGCCUGUGCUUCUGUAAUUUUCCCAGUAAGGGACUGAACUUGCUUUACAGUUAAUUCCACCCAUCCUUUCAGAGUGCAUAAAGUACCAAAACCCUCUGUGAAGCUGUUUCCAACUGCCCUAUGGACUCCAGCUACAGGUUCGAGAACAGAAGGCAGGCUUUGAAAGGUCGCUCUGCCUGGUGGGAAAUGCUUGACCCGGGAAGUCCAGGGAGGUUGGCCGGGAUGGAGAAAUGGCGGCGGCACAGACAUGGCCAUGCUGGAGACACCUGUCCACUCAGGGGGACCAAGAGGCCCAGGAGGGCAUUUGAACAAGAGACAAUCUCUGAGCGACCCACGUAUCUGUUGACACAGAGAUGGAAUUGCUUUCCUAAAAUAGUAAUGCAUUAAAUGAGCAUCUCUAGAAUGUACCAAUUUGCA